CCCUCUCUCAACACUAGCCCAGUGCACAUAAAACCAAGCUCACACUGGUCAACACUAUGCUCGAUCUCAAUGACUUUGUCACUGACCGCGGUGGAAAUCCCAACGGGAUCAAAGAAAGCCAGCGCAGGCGGUUUGCACCAGAAAAUGUAGUCGAUGAAGUUAUCACGCUAUAUGAGGAAGCACGCCGAGCACGGUAUGAAGUAAUGCAAGUUGGUUCCCAACUGAAUGCGUUACUCAAACAAAUUGGAAUGAAGAAGAAGGUUGGCAUACAUUCGCCUUGUGAUUCGCACCAUGACCUAAUGGGCCACCUUCAACCAGAAUAAAGAAGAUGCGACGGAUUUGAUGGAGCAAAAGGCCAAGUUUGAGAAGCUCAAGAAAGAUGCCGAGGACAUUGCUCUCCAGAAAGAGAGUGAGAGAGACAAAAAGAUUUGUGCAAUUGGGAACUAUGUCCAUGAUUCUGUUCCUGUGAGUAACAAUGAGGACGAUAAUGUUGUGGUCAAGAAGUGGGCUCCAUCAAAUGUCACCGUCGAAAAGCGCAAUUGUCUUUCCCAUCAUGAGGUCCUAACACGUUUGGAUGGAUAUGAUCCAGAGCGUGGUGUCAAGAUCGUCGGUCAUCGCGGGUAUUGUUUGACUGGUUACGGUCUCUUUCUCAACCUCGCGCUUGUAAAUUAUGGUCUGGAAUUUCUCUGGAGGAAGGGAUAUAAGCCCAAUCAACCGCCAUAUUUCAUGCUACGGGAUUUCAUGGCAAAAACAGCGCAGCUGGAACAGUUCGACGAGGAGCUGUACAAAGUUACUGAGAGUGAGGAUAAAAGCACUGACAAGUACCUUAUUGCAACGUCAGAGCAACCUCUGUCUGCAUUGCAUUACGGGGAGUGGCUACAGGACAAAGAUCUACCAAUCAAGUAUGCUGGCUAUAGCACUUGCUAUCGCAAAGAGGCAGGUGCCCAUGGCAAAGAUGCGUGGGGUAUCUUCCGUGUUCAUCAAUUUGAAAAGAUUGAGCAGUUUGUAUUGACGAAACCUGACGACUCAUGGAGGGUCUUCGAGGAGAUGAUGGCAGUCUCAGAAGAGUUCUAUCAGUCGCUCGGUCUUCCGUACCAGGUUGUUGCAAUUGUUUCAGGGGCACUGAACAAUGCAGCAGCCAAAAAAUAUGACCUGGAAGCAUGGUUUCCAUUCCAAGCCGAAUACAAGGAACUAGUAUCCUGUUCAAACUGCACUGACUACCAGGCCCGAGCAUUGGAUAUCCGAUAUGGUGCAAAGAAAACUACUGACAUAAAGAAGACCUAUGUACAUGCGCUGAAUGCUACUCUGUGUGCUACUGAAAGGGCACUUUGCUGUAUCUUAGAGAACUACCAACAAGAAAAUGGCCUGACUGUCCCAGAGCCCCUUAGGAAAUACAUUCCAGGUGCCCCUGAAUUUAUUCCAUAUACGAAAGAACUCCCUAAAGACACCACUUCCAAGCGGACCAGGACAAAAACCCCUGGUUCCAGUGGAACUCUGGAGGCUGAGAAGAAAAUGCAGAGCUUGCAGGUCUAGGUAUCAGAAUUUCCAUUUUGGAAAUGGAGCCAGCUAAAGUGAUGCCAACAAGGGCCAUUAUAUAAUAUAUCUGAUCGAAUACCGCAAAAAAACUUCAUUCGGGUUUCGUUGAUAUUGCAUGUGCGUAUCUUGUGUUAAGGAAUGCAGCGUCCAUUGAUUAAAUCCGUAGUAUUGAUCUGAUUGAUGAUUGCCAGUUGUCGAGGAAACUCGCUAUUGAGGCCGAAGAACUACACUAGCUACAUACACAAUCUGCCUAGUUCUAAGAGCUUAUUAUUUUCUCUGUAUACUCGAGCUCUGAUAGUAGGAUUGUGUAAGAGACAUUAAAAACACAUGUAGCUUCACGAAUAGAGUUCCUCUCUGUUCC